CUUAACCACCUGCAAUACUAAGCCCUCGCAGUCGCAGAUCACAGCAACCUUUCAUCUUCAGCGGUUUCGCUAACAUCUUUAUCCACAACUCAUGAUCUCGCGUGCACUGUGAAAGAAUUCCACCAUGUCGCCGGAUAGGGGAGGUGCCUGGUGGCAUCGAAUUCUCGAAGAGCUUGCCGUCACAGCGCCUCUGGCAAUCGGAGGCUAUUACCUCGUCAGAUAUGUGUUGAGACAGAUGAACUACGACCCGGAGGCGGAACAAAAGGAGCAGAACCGAAAACAAUCCUCGGCCAUCCUGCGGAGGUUGGACGAGCCAAAGAGCGGCAGCCAGCAGGCGGCCCACGGCGGACGAGAUUCCCAACGGCCACUGCGAUCGGAAAUGCAACUGUCGCCUUACGAGCAAGUGAUCCUUCAAGACCUAGUGUUUCCGGAAGACAUACGCGUGACAUUUGACGACAUUGGCGGAUUAUCGGACAUUAUUGAAGAACUGAAAGAGUCGGUCAUCUACCCGUUGACCAUGCCGGAACUGUACUCCAACACAUCGUCGCUAUUGUCGGCGCCUUCGGGUGUGCUUCUGUACGGCCAACCGGGGUGUGGAAAGACGAUGCUCGCCAAAGCGUUGGCACACGAGAGCGGAGCAUGUUUCAUCAACCUGCACAUUUCGACAUUGACGGAAAAAUGGUUCGGCGAUUCCAAUAAGCUGGUGAAUGCGGUGUUUUCGCUCGCGCGCAAGCUGGAACCGGCGAUUGUGUUUAUCGACGAAAUCGAUGCUGUUCUGGGCACGCGACGCAGCGGCGAGCACGAGGCCAGCGGGAUGGUCAAGGCCGAGUUCAUGACGCAUUGGGAUGGAUUGGCUUCGGCCUCGUCAUCAGGGCGACCGCAACGGAUAUUGGUCCUCGGGGCCACGAAUCGCAUUCAGGAUAUCGACGAUGCUAUUCUACGACGGAUGCCUAAGAAGUUCCCGGUCUCCCUUCCAAAUACGUCGCAACGGUUGAAGAUUUUGAAGAUUGUUUUGCGGGAUACAAAACUCGACGAGGAACAGCUGGAUCUGGAGUACCUGGCCAGAGUCAUGUCUGGAAUGUCUGGCAGCGAUAUCAAAGAGGCUUGUCGCGAGGCCGCUAUGAUUCCUGUGCGAGAGAUGAUCAAGAGGCAGAGGGAGAGUGGGCAGAGGAUCGACCAGAUGAAGGCCGGCGAAGUUAGAGGCCUUCGCACGACGGAUUUCUUUAGACAGUCUGCUGAAAGCGGUCGGGUUGCCAGGUCUAUUACUGAUGGCGGAGAAGAUAAUAGGGCGUGGAGUGUCGACGAGUCUUCAUCAGAUGCAGGCUCACGCAUGGAAGAGGCGCCGGAGCAGCAGCAGCCUGAGCCGGUCCUUCAACAAUAAUACCACGAUCAUGACCGGCGUGGCAUGUGAUUUCAACCUCGGCUCUAAAUAUUUUGACUACAGACACUUUGCCCUUCACUUUUGCCUCCAUUAAUGUGUUAUCCCAGGUACCGUAUGACCGGUCUAUACUACAGAUGACGAUGACUACGAGAAUGAUACGGGGCCUUGCAUGUGGUGGUAAUGCGAUGCAUGGCACCUGGAAUUUGGGGAGAUAUCGCGGAAUACCGGUAGGCAUGACAGGGCAUCUCACAGGCAUCUUGAGGCUUACCCCACACUCUUUUGAGCAUGUGCUGCCAGCAUCGCCCAACUACCGGGAGUAGGGGAGGCUAACGAGGCCGGAGAAGCAGCCUGAUCGAGGUGAUGAUCGUGCUUUGUUCGUAGUAGCUGCUAAGCGUUGUGGUGAGGACAGCGGUCACCAGACACCAGUCCUCCGGCGCUGUUACCUACAGGUAGUUAAAAGCUGCCUAGGGAGCCCAUACCAGGUGCCUGCGCCCAAGCUAGACCCCAGACCCAAGUGCUUAGGCCGAACCCCGUGUCAACUUGACUAACGCCCGAAGAUCGCGCCAGUGCCAGUGCGGCUAGGGAGGCUGCGGGCCAGGCACUGCAAGUGGCAGCCACUGCAUUAAUUGCACACUGACUUACGGGCGACCCGGAGACUGUCUGGCUGGU